CCUGAUCACCUUUAUUGUCGAUCCGAAAAUCAAAAUACCAGCGUGAUAUUGCCUUUAAGAUGAAGCAAUGAUGUUAUUUGAUUCGUACUUCACAUUUGAGUCGAAGCUUGGGUGGAACAGGUUAUUUCUUACAGUGGAAUCGACGAGGGGAAUUCGAACACUAGUUGUAGUGUUUGAAUUGCUGGAAGUAAUGGUCGCAUAGGUAUGUACGAAUGGUAAGUUUAACGAACAAUUUCAAAUUUUGCCGCUUGAAUUGAAAGUAAAGUUCAUUUGAAUUGCUUUUGUGUGUAUUUCUGAUGGUUUUAGAUCUACCUGCUUGAUUUAUAUCAGUUACGCUUCAUGCUGACAAGUCCCUCAAAAUGGCGGCCAAACUGGGAGAUUGCCGAAAAUUAGGUAAGUUCACGGAGUUAUAAAGUUUUCGUAAAGGUCGGGCCGCAAAGUUUUUUUCUGUAGUUACCUUUUCUAUGGCACCUACUUUCUAGCUAUAUUAGUUGGAUCAGUUAAGAACGCCUCACUGUUUCGAAAAUUUACUUUGAAUUUGAUCGGUUUUGGCGUGUGCGACUUAAGCGAACCGAUAAGGUGUCAUUCAAGUCUUCCUGUUUCCUUGAUUGAAACGUGAUGUUUACAAAAGUCGCCUCGAUAGAUAAGAUAGGGUUAAUAUACAUGGCUGUGCUAUUUGUUUUUUUGCUGAGUUCCGUAGUUUUUUGUAAACUGUCCUCCAAAGUUGUGUGAAAUUAAAGUCUUGAAAAGUGUCGCGACAAGCCUUCGCUCGAGUGAAAUUUAAUUUCCGUAAAACUCUGAAAAAUAAAGAGAUUCGAUCAAACAGAUUGUGAUUUUAGUGUAGGUACAUGAAUGUCUUACAACACACAAGAAAUGAGCGAAUUCCGUGUCUCAAGCAAAAUCGACCGGACCGCUCUUACAGAGACACACUCUUAACCCUUUACACCCUGACAGCAGUAUGCAAAUUCUCCAUACUGUUCUUAAUACAUUUCCUUAUAUGCUAGCAGGGAGAAUUUGUUUAACAAUCAAGAGGUUCUUCAGUUUACCAUUAUUCCUAUAUUCUCAUAACCUUAAUGUAUGAUUCAGGGGUGAUAUUGAAAGGGGAAAUUAGAUGCUAGUCACUAUCAGGGAUUAAAGGGUUAAAGGAAGCAGGUUAUUAAAAAAAUUCAAACUUUGAUUCAAGCAAGUAUUUGAAUAUGUGAGUAACAUUUGAUGUUUUCACAUGUAACAAGAUGAUCAAGCUGAAGAUGGCCUCAAAAAGGAGUGAACUUGACUGUAACAAUUAGGUCACUACUUUUGAAACUUGAGCACUUGGUAAAUACACCUUGGCUUGCAAUUCUGAUGAUUACAGUUUGCUGAGGUAAUUGAAAUGUCAGUCCCCAAGCAGAAACCAUCCCCAUGACCUGUACAGUCAGAAGCUAUGAGAUAACUUCAGAAAAAUGCAUUUGUUUCAGUGGAACUAUUGUAAUUACAGGACCACCUAGUGACAAAAAUUAAUGAUUUCCUGUAAGUAUGAAUGUUUGGGAGAAGUUAUAGUUGUAACUGACCCUUUUUUGCUAAAAUGCAUAGGAUUUAAUGAUUGUAAUGUAUAUCUCUUAGCUUUUAAACUUUCAACUUUGUAUUAACUGUAACUGUUUACCAUAUUUAUUUCUUUCUACCUCAAGCCCUCAAAAGUUGACGCAGGUUAGUCAAUUACCUGACUUUCUUUGUUUGAAAUUGUGUGAAUGUGCAUGAUUAUAUAAUUUUGCUGUGUAAGUUGCCACUUUGUAACAUGUAAUAUUAGUAUUUGAAUUGCAUUAAAUACUCUUGCUCAUUCAUUAAUGCAUGGUGUUUCUUACCAAUACUCAUACCCAAACUAAACAUUGAUACAAGAAAUUGGUCACAAGAUAUGUGAGUUUUAAAGGGCGGGAAACUGGAAAAGCGAAGAUCCCCCAUUAAUUAGGAUUGAUAUUAAAGUGGGCUCUGCUAUUUUAAUUCAUGUCUUUACUUUGACCUGCAUGAAAAUUAAAUUAAUUGGCAUCCGCAUGAUACACAAAGCAAGAAUAUAAAUGACUUAGCUUAAUAGGUUAUAAAAUUAAAAUAAGAAAGUUGUGCAGACCAUAUCUUGCCUUUUAUCCUUCUCUAUGUGUUUACUCAAUAAGAUAGUUGCUAUCAAUCUUUUUCACUUUCACUUUCCACUGAGCUUUUGCAAAUAUCAGAUAACCUCAGCAUUUUUGUAAAUGAAGAAAGGAAAGCCUGCCCUCAUACCAAAGAUAGUUCUUUUGUGCAUCAUCAGUACAUACCUAGUCUUAUUUGUGCACAAAGUUGAUUGUUCUAGGUAACCCUUGCGAACUGAAUUCCCAGUUUUCUGGGAAUUCCUAAGAAUUCUCAAAAAUUCCCAAUUAUGCAAAUGACCCUUGCAAAUUUAAAUUGCUAAUAAAUUAUUUAUGCAAGGGUGCAGUUUACAGCACUAAAGGUAUAUGAAUUUUUGAGACUGGGAAACAAACAGUCAAAAUUUGGGCUGAUAUCAUAAUAAACCCCAAGUAUUACAUAUGGUACAAAAAGUAUUAACUGAAUUUUUCAUUUUGCUUUUUAGGUCCAGCACAUCAGCGUCCUGUAUUAGCCUCUAGAGCAUCAUUUAGACACCCUGUUAUUAAGGGUGGUCACUCUUUUCGAAGAGAUAAAUUUGUUGGCACUUUAAAAUUAAAUCCUGCUUCUACAAUUAUUGGAAACCUGAGGGUUUAGCAGUUGUUGGUACUGACACAAUUGCAAUCACAGAGGGAACCACCCUUAACUUGAUACGCAUGGAAUCAACCUUCAAUGCUGGUCAACUUGUCAAAGUAAUUUAUCACUUGCAGUCUCCACAUGGCCUUUGCCUUUCUCAGACUGAAAGAACUGUCUUUGUUGCUGAUGGCCAUACCAUUAGACAAAUUGAAUUGGAAACCAAAUCUGUUGGAGUCAUUGCCAAAAGUUUUCAGCAGGCUUUUGAUGUGGCUUUGUCAUCAAAUGAGGAUCUUGGUGUAACAGAUGUCCAAGCACACAAAAUCAUGUUUCUUCAACAGGAGCCAAAUGGAACCUACAAGGUUAAGCUCAUGGUUGGAACUUGCACUAUGGGUUGCUGUGAUGGUCCUGCUGCCAAAGUACAACUUUCAGAGCCCACAGGACUGUGCUUUGACUUUGGUACUGCCAUUUUUUCUUGCUUUGGUGGCAGCAAAAAUGGCUACAUUAAGAUUUGCACGGCCAUUAACUUUGCAUAAUAAUAAUUUUAUGGCCAAGUUAAGAUAAAUUUACCAUGCAAUAGGGUUUCUCCACAAAAGGGAACAAAACCAUUUAGCUCAGCUUGGAAAGAAUCCCUCAUCUCCAUUUGUGGAAGGCACCAACAAGCUCAUUAAUUUGUUAGCUUACUUGGAGAGCCUGCUAGCCCAGCAGAAAGAGCAUCUUUAAAUGGCAACAGUUAGCCCUGAGGGAACUGUGUACCAUGCUUCAGUUCAAGGCUUUGCAAAGACUGUGAAGGGUUUAGAAACUCAUAUUCAAUCCCUUGAGUUGUUAGAGGAGCAUGAUGUUCUAGAUAAAUUGAACCUAUAUUUGCCUUUGUGAAUGAAUCCGGUAAGGAGCAUGGGUUUGCAAAGCACAAACAAAAAGGGCAGUACAGACACCCCACAGUUCAACAGUAUGUGCACAGCAAAGGUCACCAUGAAGUGGAACUUACCAAGAGGACUUGUCAGUGCCCACAUGCCUAUCACACCAACACAUUCACUGCUUACCAGCCAAGCCACAAUUCUUGUUUGUCUUCUGUGAAAACUAUUGCACAGUACCAGCAAUGGAGAGAACAGUUUUGUCUCAAACAGCAACAGGUGACCAAUGAGCAAAGAAAGGAGGACUUCAAGGUGGCAAGAAUGCUUGAUGUCUUGACAAAAGCUAGACCAUCACAGAACAUCAGGGACUUGCACAGGUACAGAUGUGGUUAUGGCCCUAGUGUGAUCAUUCAAAAAGAUAUGCUCUUGCUAAGCAGUGCUGAUGAGUGUCAACUUUGCUUCCCAGCAUUUAGUGAACUGAUGAGAGAGCUUGAGAUUAGAAGAGGAGAAAACACCACAGAGAUUGGCUGUGCACCAUCCAGUGAUUAUUUAUUUGGUCCUGGGGAUAUUUUAGCAGUGAACCCAGGGACAGAUGAUGGAAUCCCCAGUGGAGAUAAAUGGUGGCUUCUCCAGGUCAACAAUUAA